ACUGUUCUUCAUUAAUUUUGGUGUUCACAUGUUUUUAGCAGCACACUCUAGUGAUACUGCUAGACAGCCAUUCCCUGGAUAUUUUCACUGGCAUUAAGAUACAGUUGCUAGUGAAUACCUAAUGUGUCCGAACUCAUGUCAACAACAAAUCACAAAAGGGCGUACUUUUGCAGGGAACAGUGUUACCACUUGCUGCGUGGAAUAUUCACGGCCGUACUGGAUAAUUUCUAAAUCUGAGAAUUUAAUCGGGUUUUUACGUUUGGAACCAACAGGAGAAGACGGUUUUGUUAUAGUUCCUGGUGGCGCUACUGACACAUUGUUCUAUAAGAUUUUCUACCAGCAGGGCAAUUUAGAAGUUAUUCCAAGCAGUCUUUGUGAAUUUAGAAAAAUAGUGGAUAUAAAUUUUUCUCAAAACCAGGUUGAAAAUAUCCCUGACAUCGAAUGUUUGCACAUUCUAGACACAUUAAACCUGUCUUUUAAUAGAAUUGAAAGAUUGAAUAAUACAACGUUCAGAGUGUUAAAAUAUUUGAGAGUUUUGGAUUUAUCUGACAAUAAGAUACAAUAUAUAGAGCCAAAUACGUUUAACUACCGUCCAGGUUCUCUUAUGAAGAUUUCUUUAUGUCGAAAUUUUCUGAAAAGCAUUGAUUUUACAAACUUAAUUCUCGAUUAUUCGUUUGAUUUUAUACAAUUGAGCAGCAAUCACAUUUCGGAGUUUACAAAUGAAUUAUAUUUUAAAUUCAAUCUUUCAAAAAGUGGGGGAAAUAUAUAUUUAGUCUCUAACCAAAUUUCUGAAUCUCCAAAGUUUUCAAAAUUAGGCCUUACCCUUCCAACUUUAUUUAGUAUUGCCUUCAGAUAUCCUGUAAAUAUCAUUGACAAUCCUAUAAAUUGUAAUUGCAAGGUAGAACCUUUCUUAGAACAGUUUAAAUUGGCUAGCAAAAACUUUGUUGAAAUGCAGAACCAUACUUGCGGACAUCCACCGUUUCUUCGUGGUAGACGGAUUUUUAAUAUUAGUGCAGACCUUUUCAUAUGUAAUAUCUCAAUGAAAGACAAAUGCCCUUUUAACUGCAGUUGUUUCGAACAGCCAUCGAGGUCUAGAGUUGUGGUUAAUUGUACAAUGAGGGUAAAAUAUCGAUUGCCGAGUGAAUUUCCGCAACAAAAUGGCUUAUAUAUUGAUUUAAGCCAUAAUUUGAUAACAGUUUUCGUAUACCGUACUUAUUUAGAUAGAACGUCUUCAAUAGAUUUGUCGUAUAACCGAAUACAAAGAGUAGACCCGUUCAUUUAUGGAAUCCCGAAAAUUAACAAUAUCAAUCUCAAGCACAAUACUAUAUCGCAUAUUCAUAAAAAUGUACAGCUAUUUAAAAAUGAACGAACGGUUCUGUUCGGAAAUAUAACGAUCACGUAUUCCUGUGAGAUGAAGUGGAUUCAAGUUUGGCUGGAAAAUCAGAACAGAAGACGUAGAGGUAAUAACUUUAUUACAUGUCGUUUUCCCAAUAAAGAUAUUGAGGCGAUUUCUAUCUCUCAAUUUUGUACCGUGGAAAAACCGGGGUCAACUGUGCAAUAUGCAUUGCUCAUUUUUUUGUUAAUCGUAUUUAUAUCACUUGUUCUUUACUUGACAAUGAAGUACGAAAUAUAUUUACUUUUAAGGAUUUUCAAAAUUCAGUGCAUUAGCAGUUUCAAUAAUUACGUCAGUCCGCAACCGACCAGAUUUGACGUGUACUUGUCAUUCAAUACAGAAAAUUACAAUAUAAUGAAAUGGGUAAAUACAGUUGUAGUUUACAAUCUAGCAAAAAUGGAUUAAAAGUUUGUCUGCCUCCUAGAGAUUUUACCCCAGGGUGUGCAAGUCCAACAGAUUUUGACUGAAAUUGCAAACUCAAAUUCGUAUUUAGUCAUCUUAAGCAUCGACUACUUGAAAUCACAAUUUCAAAAGACUGAAUGGAAUCAAAUUUGGGCUCAUUACAAGUCAAACAAGUGUCGACGAAUUGCUGUAGUUAAUUAUGAUAUUUUGGAUAGUAGUCAUAUCAAAGAUAGGAGAUUAAAAGCCUUUUUAAGACUUGGACAUACCUUCGACUUUUGUAAUUUCGACAACAAAUUGCUGGAUAACCUUGAAAUAACACUACGAACCACGAACGUAUAAAUUACAACUUAUAAGUAUAUCUUAUUAAUAUAACAUCAUCGUUGUUAAACAUUUAAAAUGCUAUAUGAUUAAGGUAUGUUCAAUUCAAUAAAAGGUAAUUUUUGAGUUGUUACACUCAUGGCGUAAAACAGCCUUAACUCGACAUGAGCUAAUGACCCCGAUUAUCAGUUUCUUUUAAUUGAAUAGCCAGUUUCAGCCAUAUAUUAUUUGAAAUAUACUUGUAUACAUAUGCAAAUAUAAGAAAUUAUAAAUCAUUACAUUUUUU